AUGACAGCGAUAUCAAAGCUAGUGAUGUGGAGAAAUGUAACAAUCGAAAUGGUUAAUGCAGAACAAAAUAUGGCCAAAUCGGAAUAUGUCUAUUAAAAAACAGUGUAUGUAUUUUAUCAGCUGGGGGGGGGAGCGGGAUAUUUGGGAUCAAAUUGUCCUGAUGCCUAACAUCCCAAACCUAUUUAAAAAUUAGCCUUUUCACAAUCAGAAAAUCCAUAUUUUGCAGGAACAUCGUUGCUGUCCUAACAAAUUAAAAGACGACGAUUUUCGAACAGAUAUUGUAUGCGAUGAAACACAACAAUUGACUAUGGAAGGUGUAUAUUGUAAGAAUGGACAAAUUUUUGCUAUGAGCAUGAAAACUCUUAAUAAUAAUGAAAAUAAAACUAGAACUAACCAGAAGGGCUCCGCCGGCUAUCGCCGGCUCCUCCUUCUGGGUUGUCGCGGCUUCGCGCUCAGUAUUCUUUUGAUGAACAGUUUGUUUCUCUGAAGUUCUGUUAGAACAUCAAAAUUAAACGUUUUUCAUUGAGAAUUUGAAAACUUUGUUGAGAAACUGGAAGCAAUAUGCAACAUGAUCACUUAGAUGUCUCUUUAUUAUUUUUUAGCCAACAUAUCUAAGCUCUUAAUCUUAAUCUUAACGAACAGUGGUAUAUGAGAUACUUUUUCUGAUCACACAGACGCCGCCCUAACCUUUUGCAAAGGGUGGCAAAAAUCACACAACAAACGCUAAACGCAAACCUAUGCCAUCUCUAUCUCUCUCAGCUCAUUUGAUAAUAUUUGAGAACCCUAUAGAAUUUCAGUUUUCCAAGAUUUAGCAACAUCCGCCAAAAAAAUUUGCAUGAGAAUUAAAAAAGAUUUUUGUGUUUUUUUUUGAAAUUUGCAGUUUUCAGAACCUGCCGUUUUUUGAUCAUUCUAAAAUUUAUUAGGUUUUUUUUAUAACAAACACUUGCCACGUACACAAAAUUUCGCUGUUUUUCACGUUUAUAUUUUGUAAUUUUCAUCUUUUCAGACAAAGUUUGACGUGAAUUUGUUGAAAAUUUCUGAAAACUAACAACAAUUGUCAGUUUGUAAAGGUUUAUCUAAAUUUGAUUCUGAUACAGGAAAUCAAACCGCAAAGGAUAUGUGGUUCAACAUACAUGCUAUACACCGUUUUGUAGAGUUCGAUGAACUGAACAAUUCAUUGCGACCCGAUUUUCGUUUAAAAAAAUUUAAACUUUUUUCAAUAUUUCUGGAAAUACACAGAGUUUUCCGCCUCAAAAACUCAUGUUUAAUUGUAUAUCAUUUAUAUCACCUCGUAGAAAAUUUCUCCCUUUACAAACUUAGUUUUCAGAAGUUUUCAAAAAAGUUUUCAAAAAUUCACGUCAAACUUUGUCUGAAAAAAUAUGAAAAAUUACAAAAUACAAACGUGAAAAACAACAAAAUUUUACGUGGAUAUUUUUUUCUGACCGCCGCCUGGAAUGACACUAUGCAAUUUUCGUUUUUUUUUUCAAAACAAAUAUCCAACAAAUUUUUAAAUUACUGCGAAAUGGAGAAUUCUCAAAACGAUAGAAAUUCUCAAAAUGUCAACCGUUUCAGCAGAUAUUCCUGGGUCAGAAAUCAAAUAAAUUGAAAUUUCGUUCCGAAGUCGUCUAAAAAAACAAAACAUUGAGUUGCAGAAAAUUUUUGCCCUAGAACCAAUUUUGAAUCUUUGUGUGCCCAAUUUUUUUUGAUUUAGCGGAUCAUUUUCCGCGAUUUUUCGGACACAUUUCGGUAUCUAACUCAUUUUGAAAACUGUAUUUAUGGAUUUUAGGUUUCAAAAAAAGGUUUGAUUUCAUUUGGCAUCAACCGAAACUGUUCAUAUUUGUUUUUAUUUGUAAGAUUCCCUUUCUCCUUAAAGGAGUAAAAAAAGAUAAAAUAUCGGAUGAAGGAUUUUUCUGAAAGGAAUAUUUCUUAAAAGAGGAGAAGAAGUGAAGAUGAAGUUGCUUUUAGAUGAAAGAUAAUGUUUCCUUUUAUUUGUUUCCUUUUACAUCUUAUCUCUAUCUUGAAAUCCGUUUGAUAAAAAAUCGGAAGAAAGUUGAGUACUCGAAAGACGUGGAAUUUCAGAAACCUAAACAGAUUUCUCGUAUUUUAAUGAAGAAAAUCGAAAUUUAGCUUUUUGGAAUUACAAAAUUUUUCAGAUAUGUUCUCCUCUUCUGAUAAUAGGAAAAUUCGUUGAGGUUCAUGAAAUUUCAUGUCUUUCGAUUACUCAUAUUUCUUUCCUAUUUAAAAAGAUAUAUAUGAUGUAAAAGGAAAAAUUGAUAGAAAGACAUCUUCUUUCAUUUAAAAGCAACAUCAUCUUUCCCUUAUUCCACCUCCAAGAAAGAGUUCUCUCAGAAAAUCCUUCAUCCGAUAAUUUACCUCUUCCAAAUUUCCCACUCGACCCCCUCUGAGUUUUUACGUUUUUUGUUUGGUUCGAAAGCGACCCAUCAGCUUAACCUGGCCAAAAAACCUGGCACACCCAAUAUUUGAAGGAAGCAUGAACCAUGUUCUUUGUCUUCUAUUGGAAUCAUCAUGCUCAGCCCUACUUUACUGUACAGCGCUGGGGGUAUAAUUGUUUAUUUUCUUUCUUCGAUUUCAUUUCGAAGAAGAAACUUAUUUAUUUCACAGCUUUCUGAACUAAUAUGAGCCUGAACUCACGAUAAAAUACGAUUCAGUGCAUCUUCUUCAUUUCAUUGGAAACCUUUUUCAUCUGAAGUUUCGAAUAACUAAUGAAAAUCUCUACAGUAGUUCAACUCACUUUAUUUUCUAUUAAUUUACCCAACCGAUUAGGAAGAAACUAUUAUCGAGAAAUGCCCAAAAAUUGUUGGCUUCUUCAGAAAAUAGAAAAAUCAGAUAAGAAACGUGUCCUUUAAUUUUUUGUGGAAUAAAAACGUGCUCAUUCUUUUUAUCAUGAAAAAAGUUUAGAUUUUUCACGUGAAAACUCGCGCACUUUUUGAAAAACAAAAUAUUAGCGCACCGAUGGGAACGAAUUUGGGAUUUAAUGGUGAAAGUAUCAUGAAAAACGGCCUUCUGGGAGUUGAGAAAAGUCGAGCGACACAUUUUGAAACCCAAAAAUACAUUGAAAAUUUUGGAUUUUUUCAAACUUUGCAUUUUUUCGCGCACUUAUCAGAAGAGUAGAAAAUGAUACCUGGCUUCCCCACCAAGUAGAAGAAGUUUCCUAACUUCUAGUUCAGGAAUUUUCAAUUUUCAUGCUCUGGGAAUGAAAUGCGGGCUCUGGACACACAUUUUUUAUUUUUGUCAAUUAGUAUAUAGUAAGAUUGCAAUCUCAAUUCGGAUUGUGCUAAAGGAAGCUAUUGUGUGCGUACUCGUAAUCAGGCGCGGAUUAUUAGUAAAACAUGUUUCGUCAUUGAUCCACCGAAAGAAGAAGAUAACACAAUGCUCAUUAUCAUUAUUGUUGUAGUUGUUGUUGUUGUCUUGAUUGCUAUCAUCGGAAUUGUUGCAACAGUUUUGAUUAUUAAGAAGAAAAAAAAAGGAAAGGGUGGUCAAAAUGAGAAGAAAGGAAAGCCUAGCAAAGAGAAGACUGAAAAGAACAGCAAGGAGAAGACUGAGAAAAGUGGAUCGACUGCUUAG